UGAGUGUUUGAAGUUUCUAGAAGCUUCUCUUGCGUGACCUGGGUGAUUAGACGUUUUUGCGAGGGAGUGGGAACGAGAGAGAGAGAGAGAGAGAGCAAGAGAGCGAAAGAACGAGAGAAAGUGCAAGAGAGUGAGAGUGAGAGAGAAGGAAAGAGAAUACAGGAGAGAGAAAGAGAGACAGACGGAGACAGGUGUGACUUGCAAGUGGACUUGUGGACCCUGCGUGGACACACACACUCUUAAACACGCUCACAGACAUACACACACACACACACACACACAGUCAUGGUGGCGUUUGGUCUGGAGGUCCUAGGGGUGACCCUAGCAGCCGUCGGUUGGAUCCUGUCCAUCGUCUCGUGCGCGCUGCCCAUGUGGCGUGUGACGGCCUUCAUCGGCGUGAACAUCGUGACGGCACAGACCAUCUGGGAGGGCAUCUGGAUGAACUGCGUGGUGCAGAGCACGGGCCAGAUGCAGUGCAAGAUGUACGACUCCAUGCUGGCUCUGCCUCAGGACCUGCAGGCCGCCCGCGCCCUCUGCGUGGUGUCCAUCGUCCUGGGCAUACUGGGCGUCCUGGUGUCCAUCGUGGGCGCCAAGUGCACCAACUGCAUCGAGGACGAGGCGGCGAAGGCGCGCGUGAUGAUCGCCGCCGGCGUGGCCUUCCUGUGCGCCGCCCUGUCCCAGCUAGUGCCCGUCUCCUGGACGGCGCACACCAUCAUCGCGGACUUCUACAACCCGCUGAUCAAUGAGCAGCAGAAGCGGGAGAUCGGCGCUGCCAUGUCUGCGGGUCUGGAGCUGCUGGGAAUCGUGCUGUGCGUCCUCGGGUGGCUGCUGGCCAUCGUGGCCUGCGCCCUGCCCAUGUGGCGCGUGACGGCGUUCAUCGGCAGCAACAUCGUGACGGCGCAGAUCAUCUGGGACGGCCUGUGGAUGAGCUGCGUGGUCCAGAGCACGGGUCAGAUGCAGUGCAAGGUCUACGACUCCAUGCUGGCGCUGUCGCAGGACCUGCAGGCGGCGCGUGCCCUGACCGUCAUCUCCGUCCUGCUGACCGUCCUCGCCGUGCUGGUGUCCAUCGGCGGCGCCAAGUGCACCAACUGCAUCGAGGACGAGGCGUCCAAGUCGCGCGUGAUGAUCGCCGCCGGCGUGCUUUUCAUCGUGUCCGGCGUCAUGCAGCUGGUGCCCGUGUCCUGGUCGGCCAACACCAUCAUCCGGGACUUCUACAACCCGCUGCUGACCGAUGCCCAGCGGCGGGAGCUGGGGGCCGCCCUCUACAUCGGCUGGGCGGCAGCCGCGCUGCUGCUGAUGGGGGGGUCGCUGCUCUGCUGCUCCUGCCCCCCCCAGGAGAAGAAGUACAACCCGUCCCGCAUGGCGUACUCGGCCCCGCGCUCCGCUCCUGGGGGGCCCGGCUACGACCGCAGGGACUACGUGUGAGACGUGACGAGGCGAGACGAGAGCGGGGGGAAAACAGGGGGAAAAACAAACUCUACACUCUCCAGUAGAUGUGUGUGUGUGUGUGUGUGUGUGUGUGUUAAUGAUAAUGAUAACGGACAUUCAGAGAUGAUGUCCCACAUGACUCCGCAAUGAAGGGCUCUGCGUGUGUAUGUGUGUGUACGUGUUUUGGCUUUUGUAUUGUGGUCUUAGUUGUGUCUUGUGUUUGCGAUCAGCAUGCUCAAGGUGGACAGAGUGUUUAUGAUUCAACACUUUUUUUUUAUUGUAUUUGGCUUUUUUUUGUGUAAGAUGGUCACUUAAAUGUCUGAAAGCUUUGGUUAAAAGAGUUUUGUAAAAAAAAAAAAGCAAAAUAUUUAGCAAAAUAUGUUGCAUAGUAUAUAAGUAUAUUGUGCGCUUUGUCUUACACUGUUACAAGACAAUGUGUAUGAACAAAUAUGUCUGUAACUUUUUGCUUAUAUUAAGUUUUUUUUUCAUGCAGUUUUUUUGCUCGCAUACAUGUAUUGGCUUAUAUUUUUUGUUUCCUUCUCUUGUUUUAGGAAUCUGUGAAUCUUCAUCUUCAAUUGUUAAAAACACUGUGGUGUUUCUGUUUUUGAAAUAUCAUAUUUUUUACUCAGCAGUUAAUGUUCAAACUAAUAUCAUCCAUCAGUCAUCACUUUGUAUAUUUUGAGUUUCUAAGUGGACCUGUUGUAGUCACUCACCGGCCUUACACCUAUCAGCUUUCAUGGUGGGCAAAGAUAUAUGACAGCAUCAAUGUUUCAUAGGUCAUGUGUUUCAUGGGUAGGAGGCACUCAGACACAGGUCAGAAGUGGAGGGGGUGGCGGGAUUGGUCACCUGAUCUGGACGAGGACUCUGGUGGACAGGUGGUCUUCUGUGAGGGUCACUUUGUGUGUGCGGUGGGGUGCGGAAGACACCUGGGAGAGUCACCCACACCUGAUGAGGCUUAUGGGCUUAUGUUACUGUCCACAUACACACACACACACACACACACACACACACACACAUACAUCUGCUCUCCACAUUCCACAUUUUCUUAAAAAGCAGUUUGUUUUUAAAUGACAAAUGUUGAGGUGCUUUUGGUUGUGCUAAACAAUAAACUCUUAUGAUAAACUCAGA